AUUGCGCAUUUAUUUGCCUCGCAGGAACCCCAAGCGUUUCUCGUGCCAAGGCUACUUACAUCUUAUUGUCCUGUUCUUUGCCGCCUCCUCCUGAACCCAUCACCCAGUCCCAACCCGCACACACGCCAACCUCCUCAGUCAAACACGAUGGACGCCCAGGAUGCACAAGACUCCCAAGACUGGACCAGACUAUUUGUCGAAGCGGCCCAGAGCGAGCGGCAGAAGCGGGAGGACCACACGACGGACGUGGCCGAGUCGAUCCGGCAGCACACGGCAGCGGCCGAGGCCAAGAUCGCGGCCGCCCUGGGCCCGGAACUCGACACGCUGCUCCCGAGUACCGACGGAAACCCCAGAGCGGCAGCACGGGGCUAACGGGGAGGCAGAAUCUCCUUCGUGUGUAUGAUACGUUUGCGCGGGAGAGAACCGCGCAGUUAUGUUGGCCACUCCGGGAUGGAAGGGGAACCACACAGCGGACGUACCGAGGUAAGCUUUUCCGUAAGGGACCGAUCCUGCCGUCACAGCUGUAUCCGCUGACCGUUGUAGACUUCCCAUGGCAUGCGAGACCCGAUCGAAUGAGGUAUAUAAGUAUGUCCAUCUCUCUCCGGCUCUGGCUAUAUAUUUCACCCCGUAGCUUUGUUAAUGUAAUAUGAUCAACCGAUCCAUUCCCGGAGCGUCUUCGUGGUGAGGAGCAACAAACACAUGAACAUGAACAGACCAAGUGGAUGACCAUCCCCUUUCCGAUCAAAACUCCGUGGUAUGUCUCAAUCUCCUUGAUCGAAGGAGAACUCGCAACUCGUACGCAUACGCCCCGAGAACGAACCCUGAGCAGGUUGCAAUACCGGGUGCUU